AUGUUAAUAUGCAGUGGCGUUAUGGGCGGAGCCUGACGGUGAGUUUGGUGUCCAGUUGUUAUAUGAUAACCACCACCUACCUGGUCCACCAAGGAGGAAAGAAGAGACGAGCUGUACCUGCAUCUCCCCUCUCUGUCUCUCUGUGAUCUACGGAAAUGAACGGUGCAGUGGCCAUGGAGGCCACCAGGAAACGCAACCAGCAGCACAGCGCCAAUGGGAAACCAUCUGAACAGGGGGAGCAGCCAGCACAGUGGGGGAGAGCAUGGGAGGUGGACUGGUUCUCCCUGAGCAGCGUGAUUGGCCUCCUUUGCUUUGCGCCCUUCAUUGUCUUCUACUUCGUGAUGGCCUGCGAUCAGUACCAGUGCUCCGUCACCCAGCCUCUGCUUGAGCUGUACCAAGGAGAGACCACGCUGCUCUCCAUCUGGGCCCGGGCACCCUCCUUCACCUGGUCAGCUGCCAAGAUAUACGCCAUCUGGGUGGCCUUCCAGGUGUUCCUGUACAUGUGUGUUCCUGAUGUUACUCAUAAGUUUAUCCCUGGCUAUGUUGGUGGAGUGCAGGACGGAGCACGAACUCCUGCUGGCCUGAUUAACAAGUAUGAGAUCAACGGGCUGCAGUGUUGGCUGAUCACUCAUGCUCUGUGGUAUGCAAAUGCCCACUAUUUCCACUGGUUUUCUCCCACCAUCAUCUUCGACAACUGGAUCCCCCUGAUGUGGUGUACAAACAUACUGGGCUACUCCGUAUCCAGCUUUGCUUUCAUAAAGGCCUACUUCUUCCCCACGAACUCUGAAGACUGCAAGUUCACAGGGAACGUCUUCUACAACUACAUGAUGGGCAUCGAGUUCAACCCACGCAUUGGCAAGUGGUUUGACUUCAAGCUCUUCUUCAACGGUCGGCCCGGCAUCGUAGCCUGGACUCUCAUCAAUCUGUCCUACAUGGCCAAGCAGCAAGAACUGUACGGCCAUGUCACCAACUCCAUGAUCCUGGUCAACGUACUGCAGGCCAUUUAUGUGUUGGACUUCUUCUGGAAUGAAGCGUGGUACCUGAAGACCAUCGAUAUCUGCCAUGACCACUUUGGAUGGUAUCUGGGCUGGGGAGACUGUGUCUGGCUGCCAUACCUCUACACACUGCAGGGUCUGUACCUGGUGUACCACCCAGUCCAGCUCUCCAACGCCCACGCCCUGGCCGUCCUGACACUCAGCCUGGUUGGCUAUUAUAUCUUCCGCUCCGCCAACCACCAGAAGGACCUGUUCCGGCGCACCGAGGGCGCCUGCUCCAUCUGGGGCCGGAAGCCGGCGUACAUCGAGUGCUCGUACCGCUCUGCCGAUGGUGGCAUGCACCGCAGCAAGCUCAUGACCUCAGGUUUCUGGGGAGUGGCCCGGCACCUCAACUACACCGGUGACCUGAUGGGCUCGCUGGCCUACUGCGCCGCCUGUGGCUUCGGCCACAUACUUCCAUACUUCUACAUCAUUUACAUGACCAUCCUGCUGGUCCACCGCUGCGUGCGCGACGAGCACCGCUGCAGCAGCAAGUACGGCAAGGACUGGAAACGCUACACCGACGCUGUGCCUUCCCGACUAAUUCCUGGGGUGUUUUAGAGGGGGGGAAAGGAGAGGGAGGAGUGAGAGAGAGAGAGGCAGGGUGGGGUAAAGGGUUAGGGUAAGGGUUAGAAACAUGAGGGGUGUGUUUGCGUUUUAUACAUAUCAAGAAUACACCACACUGAUCAUUUUAACACCACAUUCCGUGCAUUCUGAAAAUUUGCAUGUAUUUCUAAUACAUCUUUAGCCAGCUGUACAUGUGUACUGUAUAUACAGGUACAGACAAUUCAUUGCUAUAUUUCCCUGCCUUAGUAAAGGCAGUUUGAUACACCAGUCUGCUGCUUUCAUUAUGCUGUGACCAUUUAACGUAGUUAAAACACGUUUUUAGCAGUACAAUAUAUCUUUGGAGCUAGUUAGACCAAGCACAACUUCAACCAGCAUACGCCAAAAUCAGUGGCCUGUUGUCUACAACAAUUCUACAAAGUGUCCUCCCCCCAAAAAAUGACUCCAUAGGUCGUUUGUACAAGCAGCUUAUUACGACCCAUGUUUGCUUAUAUUGUUAGGCGGCGACCUCUAUAGGCCGUAGUAAUUAUGACGGGAGCAAAGGAAGAAGUCAGGUGACGUAAUUUAAAGAGCAACAAAGUCCACGUUGAUUCACGAGACCGCUGUUUGUGUCCCAUGUGAAAAAGUCAACGUUGAGUUAUUUUAUCUUCCGUACGUAACUUAAGUUACGUAACAAACAUGCUUAUUUUUUACCUUAACCUAACCAAGUAGUUUUUUUGCCUAAACCUAACCAAACUGUGUCCGUUUCACAAUGUUAACCACGUGUUUAAAACUGCGACCGUUACAUUUAGGUAUGAGGACGUGUUGAUCUCCUGCCACCAUUAGGGGCACUAACUUAGGAAACGCAUUGUGGGUCGUAUUAGAGGGAAGGAACAAAUGGUCAAUGUGGUCGUAUGGGUUGAAGGACUUGUUGAUUCUACACAAUGCUGUGACAUUCCCAUGAUGCAGUUUGUCAGUUUGGUAGUCAUUUACCAAGACAAAACAUGGCUGGUUCUGGUUUCUCAAAAUAUGAGAAUUUGAUGUUUUUCUGUUUUACAUCAUUGUAAAUUUAACACCUGUUAAGUUGUUUGAUGAUGUCAGUCAGCACUCAGGUAGACUAAAUGAGUAAUUAUGAAUGAAAAAAGUGAUAUAUUUAUUAUUAAUCAAUAUUUUGCUGCUGCCCUACUGGCUUAAUGGACCAAAUGAGAUAGUUGGCUCCACUGACAAGACCUGCCUCAUGAGUAGUUAAGUGAUCUUUGUUUAAAGGUUGUCUGAGUGCUCAGAUUUAUUCACUCAGUCGUUUUCAUGUCAAACUGUAGGGGGAAAUACGAGAGCUUUAGGUUAGGGUUAGGUAACCGCUUGUCUUGUUUCCCUCAUUGUGGUUCAGAGCAGCAUGUUCACUGUCAUAUACCAGCCUUGUUAUAGACCGGUUUAAAGACUCAUUAGACUAUAAGAUAUAACCAGUUAAACUAAACUUAAACAGCAACAAACAGCACUUUCUGUUCUUUCUGAUGUUCACUAAAGCAUUCUGAAACUUAACAAUUAGUUGGAUCAUUGUAUUUGCUUUGUGUUAAACCAACAUGUUGAGUAGAUCGAGGUCUAGCCGUGUUUACGUUAUAUGUUGAUAGAAAUGUUUCUUUGUACGUCCAACCAUCACAUUUGUUUGCUGUUUGUUUUUAUUUCCUCAUGAUGCCAGCACUGCCUUUCUUAUAGCGAUAAAGUGAAAAAACAAACUCUAA